AUAAAAAUGUCAAAAUGUUCCAUAUUCCCUCCAACUCACACGCAUUUCGCUUCUCCCGUUUUGCUUUUUAUUGGAGUGAGUGAGUGGAAAAGUGUUUUUAAUUAUUUAGUUCAGCAUCAGAUCCGACGUGCAUGCGGGGAGAUUCGUGCCGCUGGGUUAGGACAGCGCCAAAUUACGCACGGUCGCCUUCAAACCUCCAGCCUGGAUUAAACUCCUCAGUCUGGAGCGAAGGCAGCGCGGUGCUUCAUAUUCAAAAAAAGAAAAAAAAAUCAAAUGUAAACUAUCAACUCUCAGAGAGAUCAAAAUUCAAUCCUGUUCAGAGAAAAAAGAGAAAUGACGUUAUUUGAAUGCGUGCCCAAAAUCCUUAAUGAAUAACUUAGGACGAGUAGGAGGCAAAUGCUGCCCCAGCUGUUUCCUGUUGAAAAUGUCUGUGUAAUGUAGAUAAAUGUGAGGGAUUUUCUCUCUAAAUCCGUCUCCUGUUCUCUAAAUCUCACUUCUCCAAAACGAGCCUGCGCAAUGGAACAAAGUGGGAAUAUUGAGAUGUGACAUUGCCCGCAUCUCAUCCUCUUUUCUGCCCGUUUUUUAAUGACUUCAAACAAGUUGAAUUUCGCCGGGCUUUGUCUUGCAGGAGGAUGUCUAACGCUCAUUUCUCUCAAUGGCAUUUAUGUCAUGUCCUCAAGGGUGCGAUGCGCUGUAUCUCCUGUAGCCACGCCCUCUCACUACUGCUCUGCGUCCUCACCCUGACUCCGACGUCAACAGGGGCGGGGCCCGAGACCCUGUGCGGGGCGGAGCUGGUGGACACGCUGCAGUUUGUCUGUGGAGAUAGAGGCUUUUAUUUCAGUAAACCAACGGGCUACGGUCCCAAUGCGCGGCGGUCACGCGGCAUUGUGGACGAGUGCUGCUUCCAAAGCUGUGAGCUCCGGCGCCUGGAGAUGUACUGUGCGCCGGCGAAGACGAGCAAGGCAGCUCGCUCUGUCCGCGCUCAGCGCCACACAGACAUGCCCAGAAAGGUUAGUACUCCGGGACAGAGAGCGGACAAGGCCACGGAGCGGAGGACCUCACAGCAUUCAGACAAGACAAAAAACAAGAAGAGACCUUUACCCGGGCAUAGUCAUUCAUCCUUCAAGCAGGACGUGCAUCAGAAAAACUCCAGUCGAGGCAACAACGGCGGCAGAAGUUACCGAAUGUAGAGACGGAAUGGACAAACGCCCAGCGACUUGUGGGGGAGAUGAGGGAGUGGCCUUACCUGGUGCCCCUGUGGAAUGGUUCACUGUAAAACAAAACAGGGAGGAUGCCAACCAUGGCCUGAAAAGCUCUUCAAAAGUAAUUUAGAGCCUAGUGAUGCUUUCAGGGUUUAAUGAGGAGGGAUCUUGUGAUUAUUUUAUACACUGCACCAUUCCAUAUCGGGAGGAAGUAUUUGUCAAAGUAACAGACUAGAUUAGCUGCUGAACAAGAGCUUGUGACACCUGUGUGUGAGCUCCAUGGAUCUCCAGGAAGCCAGCCAAUCAGAAGGCAGCAGGCUGUGGUUGGGAGUGUGUGGUCCAUCGUGUACCUUGGACUUUGUGGAGGUGGAUCCCUUCACUCCUUUUUUAAAGCUGGAUUGUAAGUCGGCAUAAAAAAAGCAUUUAUUCCCCCUCGUACAAAGAUGGCAUUUUACCUUCAGAGCUUGUUUUUCUGCACCAUGCAUUACUGUGGAUAUUAAAAUGUUCAUUUUAAGGUCUUGAUUUGUCACCUUGAGUCCAAAUUCCCAUGAAGUAAAACCAUCAAAAUCCAACUGAACAUAAAAUCAAAAAACAACCAAUUUAAAACUUUAAUUUGUCUUUUUAUUUGCUGUUCCAUCAUUGCAUAACGUUUCCUUUCCCGUCAAAAAGAGGUCAGUGGAUUCAAAGUCCAUUUGGCAUGAAUAAAUGAGUUAUUCAAAUAGAGAUAAUGGAACAAAAUAUUUAUCAUGCAUCCUUUUGACAUGUCACCACUUAUGCCAAAUCGGACAAAUAUCAGCCGCCAGCGCUUCAGUUCCAGUGGAUGGCUCUUCUCAACGUUCUGUGCAAGCCACAAUAACUUCGUCUACAUACAUUCACUUAAAAGCAAUUACCAGGGCCGCUGUGACACACGAGAACUGUGCAACACCAGCCCUCGCUGGAAUUUCGUAACCCUAAAUUGAUAGCAAUAGCGCACUGAGGCAACACAAGAUCUGUUGCAAAGUUCAGCAGGUGGAACAGUUUGGUAAACAUUUUCAGCCAAAACAACAAGCCCUUCCCCUGAUCACACAUACACAGAAAUGUACAUAAAAAUCUCUCACACAGAGAUGUGCAAAUCAAAUGAAUACCAAGAAGUCCCUGUAUGAGGAUUGAUAGUUCAUUUUGAAGGGUCCAAGAUAACUCAUCUCUGGCUCAUCUAUGUGUGUAUAAUCAAACAAUACUACAAUUAUGUUAACCUAUGCAUUCCUAUCAAUCGUUGUACAUGAUGGUUUCAUAUAGUAUAACUGUAUUAAGAAUCCUAUCCACUGUAUAAUGGUGCUAUUUUAUAGUUUGGUACUUGCAAAAGAUGGCUAAGUUAAACAGAUGGCAGGGCUUACGUCGUAGCUCUUCCCUUUUGCACAGCCUUGUGGCCACCAUUUAGAAGUGUUUUUUUAAGCUGUUUUGAUAAGGUUGUAGUGUAAACAAGUGAACAUAUCUGUGUAAAAAUAUGAAAAAUAGAAAUAUUCAAGGUAUACUCCCAAAAAAAAAAAAAAAAAAAACGUUUAACAAUUUCUUUCACUCUAAAAUGGGUCCCUGAUGCCAAAAUAUUUCACAAAAAGUUCUGGGAAUUCUGGUUCUUCCAACGUUCUACACACGGUUGCAGAUAAGUGUGUGCGCUCGUGUGUGUGCCUCCCAGGAAGCCAAAACACUAAAUUAUUGAUUCUAGAUAUAGAUUAUGCAACCAUCCUACCACUAAAGUGAAUAAAAGGAAUUUACAAGACAAUCAUUACAUUUUGAACAGAUUCUUUAUCAGCUCUUAUGCAACAAACCCAAGGCAAAUGUAAAUAGAUCACAAAAUAAUUGUGUGUUCAGUAAAAGCAUUUAACGUACAGUAAAUUAAAAAUAACAUCCAACACAGGAAAUUGUCACAUUUACAGUUUAAAUUAUAUUUUCACUACCUUUAAUUUUAUGGCACAAUUUUAGCGCUAUGUAUUUAGGUUUUCAGCUUCUAAAAAUAUUUUUUCCUCUAGCCAGUCAGAGGGAUUUCUGUUUGAGUUUAAUCCAACAGCAUUUAAAAAUGUUCAUUUUACUAGUAAACAUUCACAAAGUCUGACAACGCAAUAAUCUAAAAAGAUGUAGAAAGUGUUCAACCAUGUUAUCUAAAAUGGAUUUUACAGCUCAUUUUGUUAUGUUGGACCACAGGCUUAUUUAAUGCAUCUAUUAUUAAGAAUUAAAUGAUAUUGACCUAUUUUCCAAAACAAAAAAUACACACUUUAUUCGUUUUCACUUAAAAGAAGUGUGUGGUGUUUUGGUGAGCGCGGCUACAACAACUCUUCAGCUUUGACUAUUAGGAUUUUCACGGCACACUCGUUUAACUUUUCUCUUCUCUUUAAACGUUCCAGUCAUCUAAAAACCUAAAAAAAUAAAAAAUAAAUAAAAUAAAAAUGGUAAUGGUCAAAAAGACAGAUUAUCAGUUUUCAUGUCACGUGAGUAGGCUAUCUGUUAGCACGGCUGUUAGCAAGUUUAGCAUUACCACUAAUACAUCUACUCUUCAAAUUACAACUACAAAAAUCUUAAAAUCUGCACAUUCUCUGCCUUUGCUUGGAAACAUAGAAGAACACCACUGACUUUUGUCCUUUUGUUAUUUUUUUUUUAACCUUUUUUAGCAUAAAAAGUAAAAAUUCAUUAAAUUCCACUGUCCACACAUAUAAACCACAAAAAUGUUUUUUCUCCUUGUUUCCUCAUUUUUCUUCUUUUUUUUGGCCGCCAUUUUGCUAACGUGCGCAAGCUAGCUACACAGCUAAAGGAACAAUUCACAUAAUAACUAUAAGUCCCAUCACACUUCAGCUUGAUAUAUUAUCUUCUACUCUUGCAUUACUUCUUGACAACAAAUAAUAUUCUAUUGGGUCUGUUAUUUUCCAUUUAUUUUGUGCUACAUUUGUAGGAAAUAGCUGAUUUGGCUAGUUUCUCAAGGGUGCUACUUAUUCAGGUCUGUUGCUAAUCAGACAAUUUUUUUUUUUUUUACAAAUGUGGCAAACGUUAGAAGGAUAAUAAAGAGGCUUUUCGGUGUUAAGAUUUAUAGAACAAUAAUAUAGUAAACACAACUUUCCCCUAUGUCUUUUUUUUUCUCCUUCUUUAAAUGUCGUUUUAAGCGACUUAGCUUCUAUCUGUAGGUUCAAAGUGCUUUGUUAGUUUUCUAAUAUACUUUAUUUUACUCUCAGAACAUGUUUUCUAAGAGGUAAUAAUCUCCUAGCUUGCAAAAUAACAUCACAUAUAAAUCAAAAUCGCAUGGCCAGUAGAACUAAUGUGGUAUUUUUCUUUUGUGCACCUUAUUCGGAUAUAUUGAGCUGACUUGUUUUUUCUUUUGCCAGUUUUUCACAUUUUUUAUUGCAACGUUCCAAAUAACAUGGAGAAACCUACUUUUUAACUAAGACAGGUGCAGGACAACACUUCAAGUCAUGUGUCUUUACUAAAUACUCAACCACACCGGUCACGUCUUCCACUGUUUUUCUGAAGUCUAGAAGCUCUCGCUACAACCUUCCUUCUCAUCAAUAUUCUGCAUAGAAAUAUUUCAAUAAAUACUUGUGCGUAUAUAAGUAAUGGUGUGCUCCUCGCUUGUAAAAAAAAAAAAAAUAAGUGUGUCUGUAGUUGUGUGUGUGUUUUUCCACCAUAUUUAGGCUUUUAAAUUGAAUUUGAAAUAUCUUUCCUCCCAAUAAGAUUUUUCUUACUGACUAGAAUGAACCGGGAACUUGAAUAAAGGUUUUCCUCCCCCUGAGUCCUUUAGAACAAACCAAAGACUUUUUGAUAAGAACACUGAAACUAAAGAAUCAUUAUCAUCGCUCAAAAGUCUCUGCAGCAUCUUUGGUGUAUUCGAAAUGUCCUAGAAAGCCACAGAAACAAACCAAUGUGUCAUUGUUAGCUGUGUAAAAACCAUUGUUCAUUGAUAAAGUAUAAUCUCUUCAGGCUCACUGUCCAAUAAACUGUUUGAUUACAGCAACGUUUAUUUAUGGUGCUUGGUUGCCUUCUGUAGAAAAACAAACAAUACUGACAAAACUGUUCACCAUUCCUGCUGAAUAAACCACUUGUCAAAAUCGCA